GAGGCGGGGAGGGGAGAAGGAUGCUCCGGGGGUGGCUCUUUGCUUCCUCGCCCGCCCGGAGCUCGCAGGGGCUUGCCUGGAGGAUGUCUCACCCCCUCGGCACAGGUGUCACUGCUGGGGGAGCGCUGGUGGCGAGCUCGGAGCAUGCUGCUGAGGGCCAGCCCCAGGAGGUUUCUGGAGCAGCACCUUCUGCUGGUGGAGAGCGCAGAGCAGCAGCGGCCGGCUCGGGAAGCGCUCCCGAAUCCAUUCAUGACUGAGGAACCUCCCGCCCCAGCCGAGCCCGAGCUGCCGCCCUCCAACCUCACCAACAACGGCACCGACUGCGGCGAGGAGAUCCUGCUCUAUGGGGACACCGAGAAGGUCGUCAUCGGGGCCGUGCUCUCCAUCAUCAUCCUCACCACCAUCGCCGGCAACGGGCUGGUCAUCAUCUCCGUGUGCAUCGUCAAGAAGCUCCGGCAGCCCUCCAACUACCUGGUGGUGUCCCUGGCCGCCGCCGACCUGUCGGUGGCCUUUGCUGUCAUGCCCUUUGUCACCAUCACGGACCUGGUGGGGGGAGAGUGGCUCUUUGGGAAGGUGUUCUGCAACGUCUUCAUCGCCAUGGACGUGAUGUGCUGCACCGCCUCCAUCAUGACCUUGUGCAUCAUCAGCGUGGACAGGUACCUGGGCAUCACGCGGCCUCUGACCUACCCCGUGAGGCAGAACGGGAAGCUGAUGGCCAAGAUGGUCUUCAUCGUGUGGCUCCUGUCGGCCUCCAUCACCCUCCCUCCGCUCUUCGGCUGGGCCCAGAAUGUGACGGUGGAGCGGGUGUGCCUCAUCAGCCAGGACUUUGGCUACACCGUCUACUCCACAGGGGUGGCCUUCUACAUCCCCAUGGCCGUCAUGCUGGUGAUGUACAGCCGCAUCUACCAGGCGGCCAAGGUGAGCGCCGAGAAGCACCGCUUCAUGAACUUCCCCAAGCACUAUGAGGACGAGGGCGUCUACUGCCUCGAGGCCUCCGCCCGCGCCCACCACAGCUCCCGCCGCACCAAGGCCGCCGAGGAGUGUGCCACGCUCUCCAAGCUGCUCCGCCAGGACCGCAAGAACAUUUCCAUCUUCAAGAGGGAGCAGAAAGCCGCCAGGACCCUCGGCAUCAUCGUGGGGGCCUUCACGUUCUGCUGGCUGCCCUUCUUCUUGAUGUCCACGGCGCGGCCGUUCAUCUGCGGCAUCCGCUGCAGCUGCAUGCCCCUGAGGCUGGAGAGGACUCUGCUCUGGCUGGGUUACACCAACUCCCUCAUCAACCCCCUCAUCUACGCCUUCUUCAACAGGGAUUUGAGGACUACUUUCUGGAACCUGCUGCGCUGCAGGUACAGGAACAUCAACAGGAGGCUCUCGGCCGCCAGCAUGCACGAGGCCCUGAAAGCCACGGAGAGGCACGAGUGCAUCCUGUAGUGCCUGACCUCCUGCCUCUCCAUGCCCUCGCUUCCCUGGCGCCCCAGGGGCUGGCAGGAGCUGUCCAGCCCCACCAGACAUUGCCACUGAGGGUGAUGGUCCUUUCCCUCACCCUGGGAACAAGUGGAGGGAACUUUGGGAACAGCCCUUCCUUCUCACUCUGUCCCAGGUGGGAGCAAGAGCUGGGGGGUUCAAGGUCUACCAAUGACUGUGGGCCAGUCACACCACCUUUCUGUGCCUCAGUUUACCCAUCUGUUAUUAAAGUUUUAAAAAAAAAAAAAAGGAAAAUAA